CAAAGCGUACCAAUACUCACAGCAGUUGAGCGCACGAAAACGGUCGAGUCUCUGAACGGCAUAAACGGUGCAAAAGAUAUUAAAUAAUAAAAUAAACAAUAAAAUAUUCGUCAAACUAAGUGACAGUGCAUAAAAACAAAGUGAUGCCUUCAACUGUAGAACAAACAGAAAAAUCGCAUACCGCACCAGAAGCAAAAAAUGGCACGCCAGUACAAAAUUUCGAAAAUCCCAAGUGGCUAACGGCGGAACUUUUUGAAAAAUUGCUCAAAGAUACCGUUGCAAAUUACAAAAGUAUCAAAAGUUUCGAAGCUAAGCCAGCGCUAGCAGCUGGCGAAAACUAUGCCACAAUAAUGUUGCGUGUUAAUAUAGAUAUUGAAUUAGUAGAUGGCACGCCCAAAUCGCUCUCGUACAUGCUGAAGUUACCCCAACAAAACGAAGUAUUCCAGGAUAUAAUGCGUAAACAUAAUAUUUUCGAGGUCGAACAUAGGAUGUACCAUGAAGUUGUGCCCGAGUUUGAACUACUGUACCGAUUGUCCGGCAUCGAGUUGAAUUUUUCGGCAAAAUGCCAUAAUAUCGAGACUCCUUCAGAGUUUGGCGUAAUUUUGUUGCAAGACCUGCGCCCAUUCGGCUACAAAAAUGCCAACCGUUUAGAAGGGCUUGAUUUGGAGCAUACGAAGGCGGUGCUUGAGCGUUUAGCGCAAUGGCAUGCAGCCUCUGCCGUGCGUGUCGAAACCAAGGGACUAUACCCGGAGCUAUUUAUGAAAGGCAUGUACACAGAAUCGUCGCUCGAUUCCUUUGAGAGUUUUAUGGUUUCAAUUAAAUCACUCGUUUUGGAGUCUGUAAAGGCUAUAGAGGGAAGUGGAGCUUACAUCGGCAGCGUGGCAAAUACUCUUGAUAAGAUGAUGGGCGAAUUAUUACGCACAUCAGGUUACGAUCCAAGUGAGUUCAACGUUUUGAACCAUGGCGACUGUUGGUGCAACAAUGUCAUGUUUAAAUAUGACAGCGAGGGUAAGAUCGAAGACACACUAAUCGUCGACUACCAGAUGAUCAACUAUGGCUCACCAGCGAAGGACUUGCAUUACUUCUUAACCUCAUCUACGCGCCUCGAUUUGAAAGUGAACCGAUUCGAUUAUUUUAUCAAAUUCUAUCAUGAUAACUUAGUGAAGAACUUGAAGCUUUUAAAGUACCCUAAAAAGCUGCCGACGUUGAAAGAAAUUCAUAUCGCAAUGAUAAAAUACGGCUUGUGGGGUUUUUCAGCGGCUUUGGGUGUUAUGGCAGCGGCCUUAUUGGAGUCUAAUAGCGAUGCAAAUAUGGAUAGUUUUCUUGGGGAUACGGAUGCUGGAGUUCGAUUUAGAAAUGCUUUGUACACGAAUCCCAGCUAUCGCAAACACAUGGAAAUUCUAGUGCCUUUUAUGAACAAUCGUGGCGUCUUCGAAAUGUGAGAUCUAAGAAAUCCGAGUUGUUACUGAUUUUUGUUGUUAAAUUUUUAAUGCUAUGUUUACAAAAGUAUUAUAAACCAAUUAAUUCAUAAAUAGAAUAAAUGUAAAUACCUGUAAAUGAGCACACAAAUAAUCUGUAAA